GGAGCUGCACUGCAGAGGCUCUACCCCGGGCUAGCCUGGCCGGUCGCGGUCGCGGUGGCUAGCACUGAACAAGGGGCUGCCGCCUGCCGGUGGUGGCUGGCUUCGGGGAAGAGCGGACAGGGCUCUCCAGACCGCACCCGCGCUUCCAGCUCCAGUUGGAGACCAGUGACAUCCGGUCUAAGACCUUGGACCUCAGGAAGGGAAAUCAAGGAGGUACCCAACAAAAUGGAUGCUAGACGAAAGCAAUGGAAAGACAAUACGUUCACUCCUUUUUUAAAUGAGCCCGAUGUUCUAGAAGAGGCUGCUCCUCUUCAGUCUUUCUCUGAAGAAACACCUGCAGACAAAUCCAGGAGGAUGGGGAGAAUUUUUAACUUUGCCAGUAGAAAGGUGCAAGAAGGGAAUACAUUUAAGAGCAAAGACUGUUAUUCCCCGAUAAUGGAAAAAGAACAAGACCCCAAUUUCGGAGAGAGAAGGAUGAACGCAUCAAAGAGCAUAGCAAACACAGAGUCUUCCUUCUUGGACUUGCUUAAUUUAGGUAGUGCAACCAAGGAAAGUUCUCACAGAAGGGAGAGCGUCUCCGCGUGGAGUAGAAAGGAGUUGCCAACUGCAGCACAAGGCACCGGGAAGAAAUGGUCAGAAGAAAUGCCACCAAAACUCCGUCUGCACCUCCUGAAUGAAGAGCUGGGAGAACUUAACCUGAAAUGCCGGGAGAUCGAAGAGGACUUUGAAAACGCCGAAAAAGAACUUUUGAACUCUCGAAAGGAAGCCUCACCAAAAUCUGUCAAUCUUCAAGAACCAGGGACAGCUGCUUCAAAGAAUGACUGGGAACUGCAAGCUUUAAAAAAUGACCUGUCUGAAAAAGUGACAAACGUAAAAAACUUAACCGAAGAGCUCCAGCAAGCCAAAGAAGUCAUGUACAGGUUGGAUGUAGAGAACAGAAACUUGAAAGACACUGUCUUGAAACUGAAGCAUCAAACUGAACUCAGUACUGUGCUCCUCAGAGAAGAGAUGAGAUUGUUUUACGAGCUGGAAAUGGAAAAGAUCCGCUUAGAGCUGGGUGCCAUCAAGAAUGAGCUGAGAGCUGAGAAGACCCUGCGAGCAAAGAACAGCAGAACCCUGGAGUUGCUUGGAAGACAACUUGCUUCCGUGAUAAGGUCAUCGAAUACCGCUGACCACUUUACUGGGAAUGGUUUUUAAACUCAAGGGGGAAAAAAGACUUUCACUGGGCAAGUCAUUGAGCCAAGUUGAUGUUUAUUGUACUACCCAUUUGUGUACUGCUAAAAUGUAUUUGAUAGCUUGCAAUCUUUACGGUGAAUCAGAAUACCUACAGGUGAAUCAAAAUACCUACAGAUCAUGCAGAUGUUAACUUUGAAGCAUCUGUUUUCUCUUUUUGAUGAAGUCAUUGUAAGAAUCUGAACUGAUACUUCUAAAAUCUCUUUUAUAUGGGUGCAUAUAUAAUAUCACUAAAAGAAAACAACAAUAAAAAACCCAAACUGAUUCACCAGAUCACGGAUGAAACUGAAUCAGCAGCAUUGUGUAAUCUUGUUAGCCAUGUCCUUGGCACAUCAAUGUUCUCCCAUCUGUGGUAAUCAUUGUGAACAAUAAAAAUCUUGUUUACAUGUGUAA